UCGAGGAGGACGGCGACGCGGCGCAGUGCGAGUACAGCCGGGGCGAGGACGAUGACUUCGGCUGGGAGCUCGUCCGCAGCUACAUGAUGCCUCACCUGAGCGCAGACCUUCCUCACGGUUCCUACCUCAUGGUGAACGCGUCGCAGCACGCGCCGGGCCAGCGGGCCCGCCUGCUCUUCCCGCCGCUGAGCGAGAACGACACGCACUGCCUGCAGUUCAGCUACUUCCUCUACGGCCGCGAGGGCCGCGGCCCCGGCGCCCUGCGCGCCUAUGUGGAGGUGCCGGGCGGCCCGCCGGGCCGCGCCGUCUGGGACGCCUCGGGCUCCCACGGCCGCCAGUGGCACCAGGCCGAGCUGGCCGUCAGCAUGUUCUGGCCCAACGAGUACCAGGUGCUGUUCGAGGCCGUGGUGUCCAGCGAGCGCAGGGGCUACCUUGGCUUGGACGACAUCUUGCUCCUGAACUAUCCCUGCUCGAAAGCGCCUCAUUUCUCCCGCCUGGGCGACGUGGAGGUGAACGCGGGGCAGAACGCAACCUUCCAGUGCGUGGCCGCCGGGAAGGCCUCUGAGGCGGAGAGGUUCCUCAUGCAGAGGCAGAACGGGGAUGUGGUGCCGGCCACCUCGGUGAAGCACAUCAGCCACCGGCGCUUUCUGGCCACGUUCCAGCUGGAUGAGGUGUCCAAGAGGGAGCAGGACAUGUACCGCUGCGUUACCCAGUCUGUCCGGGGCUCGGGUGUCUCCAACUUCGCCGAGCUCAUCGUGAAAGAGCCCCCGACGCCCAUCGCUCCCCCGCAGCUGCUCCGUGCGGGCUCCACCUACCUCAUCAUCCAGCUCAACACUAACUCCAUCAUCGGCGACGGCCCCAUCGUGCGCAAGGAGAUCGAGUACCGCAUGACCUCGGGGCCCUGGUCGGAGGUGCACGCCGUCAACAUGCAGACCUACAAGCUCUGGCACCUGGAUCCCGACACGGAGUAUGAGAUCAGCGUGUUGCUCACUCGCCCUGGGGAAGGGGGCACGGGCAAGCCAGGGCCGCCCCUCAUCAGCAGGACCAAGUGUGCAGAGCCCAUGAGGGCCCCCAAGGGCCUCGCGUUCUCCGAGAUCCAGGCGCGGCAGCUGACGCUGCAGUGGGAGCCGCUGGGCUACAACGUGACGCGGUGCCACACGUUCACGGUCUCGCUCUGCUACCGCUACUUCGUGGGCUCCAGCCACAACCAGACCUUCCGCGAGUGCGCCAAGAUGGAGCGCGGCGUCAACCGCUACACCAUCAAGAACCUGCUGCCCUACAAGAACAUCCACGUGAAGCUCAUCCUCUCCAACCCCGAGGGCCGCAAGGAGGGCAAGGAGAUGGUGUUCCAGACGGACGAGGACGUGCCCGGAGGCAUCGCUUCGGAGUCGCUCACCUUCACCCCGCUGGAGGACAUGAUCUUCCUGAAAUGGGAGGAGCCGGUGGAGCCCAACGGCCUCAUCACGCAGUACGAGAUCAGCUACCAGAGCAUCGAGUCCUCCGACCCUGCAGUCAACGUGCCCGGCCCGCGACGCACCGUGUCCAAGCUGCGCAACGAGACCUACCACGUGUUCUCCAACCUGCACCCCGGCACCACCUACCUCUUCUCGGUGCGGGCCCGCACGGGCAAGGGCUUUGGCCAGACGGCGCUCACCGAGAUCACCACCAACAUCUCCGCUCCUGCCUUCGACUACGCGGACGUGCCGUCGCCGCUGAGCGAGUCGGAGAGCACCAUCACGGUGCUGCUGCGGCCGGCCCAGGGCAGGGGCGCUCCCAUCAGCACCUACCAGGUCAUUGUGGAGGAAGACAGGCCCAAGAAGAUGAGGCGGGAGCUGGGCGGGCCGGAGUGCUUCCCGGUGCCGCUGACCUUCGACGAUGCCGUGUCCCGGGGCUCCGUGCACUACUUCGGAGCCGAGCUGCCCGCCAGCAGCCUCACCGAAGCGAAACCCUUCACCGUGGGUGACAACCAGACCUACAGCGGCUACUGGAACCCGCCGCUGGAGCCCAAGAAGGCCUAUGUGAUCUACCUGCAGGCCAUGAGCAACCUGAAAGGGGAAACCCGACUGAACUGCGUCCGGAUCGCCCGCAAAGCCGCCUGCAAGGAGAGCAAGCGUCCCCUGGAGGUGUCGCAGCACUCCGAGGAGAUGGGCCUCAUCCUGGGCAUCUGUGCCGGUGGCCUCGUGGUCCUCAUCAUCCUCCUGGGAGCCAUCAUCGUCAUCAUCCGGAAAGGGAGAGACUACUAUUCUUAUUCCUAUUACCCGAAACCCGUCAACAUGGCCAAGGCGACCAUCAACUACCGGCACGAGAAGACGCACAUGAUGAGCGCCGUCGACAGGAGCUUCACGGACCAGAGCACCCUGCAGGAGGACGAGAGGCUCGGGCUCUCCUUCAUGGACACACACAACUACAGCGUCCGGGGCGAGCAGCGCAGCAGCGCAGUCACCGAGUCCAGCAGCCUGCUGGGCGGCUCGCCCCGCCGGCCCUGCGGCCGCAAAGGCUCUCCCUACCACACGGGGCAGCUGCACCCGGCCGUGCGCGUCGCCGACCUCCUCCAGCACAUCAACCAGAUGAAGACGGCGGAAGGCUACGGCUUCAAGCAGGAGUACGAGAGCUUCUUUGAUGGCUGGGAUGCUUCGAAGAAGAAAGACAAGACGAAGGGGAGACAGGAUCAUGUGUCAACGUAUGACCGCCACCGAGUCAAGCUGCAUCCGCUGCUGGGAGAUCCCAAUUCGGAUUAUAUCAACGCCAACUACAUUGACAUCCGGAUUAACCGUGAAGGUUACCACAGGUCCAACCACUUCAUAGCCACCCAAGGUCCCAAGCAGGAGAUGGUGUAUGAUUUCUGGCGCAUGGUGUGGCAGGAGCACUGCUCCAGCAUCGUGAUGAUAACCAAGCUGGUGGAGGUGGGACGGGUGAAGUGCUCCAAGUACUGGCCCGAUGACUCCGAGAUGUACGGGGACAUCAAGAUCACCCUGGUGAAGGCGGAGGCGCUGGCAGAAUACGCCGUGCGCACCUUCACCCUGGAGCGGAGGGGCUACUCGGCGCGGCACGAGGUGAAGCAGUUCCACUUCACGUCGUGGCCCGAGCACGGCGUCCCGUACCACGCCACGGGGCUGCUGGCCUUCAUCCGCCGCGUGAAGGCCUCCACGCCGCCCGACGCCGGCCCCAUCGUCAUUCACUGCAGUGCCGGCACGGGCAGAACGGGCUGCUACAUCGUCCUGGACGUCAUGUUGGACAUGGCCGAGUGCGAGGGUGUCGUGGACAUCUACAACUGCGUGAAGACCCUGUGCUCGCGGAGGAUCAACAUGAUCCAGACAGAGGAGCAGUACGUGUUCAUCCACGACGCCAUCCUGGAAGCUUGCCUGUGCGGAGAGACCAGCAUCCCGGCCGGCGAGUUCAAACCCACCUACAAGGAGAUGGUCAGGAUCGAGCCGCAGAGCAACUCCUCGCAGCUGCGGGAGGAGUUCCAGACCCUCAACUCGGUGACGCCGCACCUGGACGUGGAGGAGUGCAGCAUCGCCCUGCUGCCCCGCAACCGCGAGAGGAACCGCAGCAUGGACGUCCUGCCGCCCGACCGGUGCCUCCCCUUCCUCAUCUCCGUGGACGGAGACAGCAACAACUACAUCAACGCGGCCUUAACCGACAGCUACACCAAGAGCGCUGCCUUCAUCGUCACCCUGCACCCGCUGCAGAACACCACCACUGACUUCUGGCGGCUGGUGUACGACUACGGCUGCACCUCCAUCGUCAUGCUCAACCAGCUCAACCAGUCCAACUCUGCCUGGCCCUGCCUGCAGUACUGGCCCGAGCCCGGACUCCAGCAGUACGGCCCCAUGGAAGUAGAAUACGUUUCUGGAGCAGCUGACGAGGACCUCGUGUCUCGGCUCUUCCGAGUCCAGAACAUCACACGGUUGCAGGAAGGGCACCUGAUGGUCCGGCACUUCCAGUACCUGCGGUGGUCACCCUAUCGGGACACCCCAGACUCCAAGAAAUCCUUCUUGCACCUCCUGGCCCAAGUGGAGAGGUGGCAGAAGGAGAGCGGUGACGGGAGGACAGUCGUGCACUGCUUGAAUGGGGGUGGCCGGAGCGGCACCUUCUGUGCCUCCACCAUGAUCCUGGAGAUGAUCAAGCGUCACAACAUGGUUGAUGUUUUCUAUGCUGCAAAGACCCUCCGCAACUACAAGCCAAAUAUGGUAGAGACCUUGGAGCAGUAUCACUUCUGCUACGACUUAGCACUGGAAUACCUGGAGGCGCUGGAGACCAGAUAGCACCUCGCCGCGGAGCGAAGGCCGGUGCUUGUGCGUGGGGCUUGUGCCAAAAUGCAUUUUGCACGUGGACGUCGAGCUCGUGCCGAAGGCGAGGAGGGGGAAACCAGCGCAGCAAGAAAAACCUAAAACCAAACGAGAAACAAAAGGCAGGACGUGGGGACGGGCCGUUCCUGGCCUUCAUACUCCGCUCUCCAUCCUCCUUCCCCUCCUCUCACCCCGUGCGUGUCGGACGUGGGUCGGAUGCUGGGACUCACCCAUCACCGCAGCCAGGACGUGGAUCCUGGCAAUGGAUUUGGUGCCCCGGCACCUCUGAAGCUGAAGCAGAGACCGAGGAAGAGGCCAAAGGAUCCCCAGCCCGUUUCCCAGCAAGGGCACAAUGGAUAUUUGGAGAUGAGAUGUCAUUUUUAUAAUAGGCCGUGGAGUGGAAGCUGCUCUUUGGAGGAGCCCGGCAGGAUCGAGGGUGCCGGCAGGUUCUGCCCUUUGUGGGACUGAGCCCUGAUAUGCAGCAAAGACCCUAAAAGGAGUUUUCUGAAUUUCACCCUGAGCUAAUCAUGAGUUUGAUCUUCACCCUUUUAUUUCUGUGAGUUGCCCCCACUUGGGGUACGCGGCCUGGUUGCAGUGAAUGCAACCUGGCUGUGAAUGCAGGGGACGGGGUGAGGAGCCCAAGGAAACGCUCCUUCCCCUUGGGCUCGGCCAGUUCCGUGCGAUCCUUGACACUCGCAGCACUGAAUUCCUGAACAAAUUCAAGAGAAAAACGGGAAAUUUGUGUCCUUCUGUCUCCCACGGGCCGUCGGCUGCUCCGUUGCCCCCGCUGUGGGUUGCAAAGGUGGAUGGCGCUGGUGCCACCGCACGCGGUGGGGACGGGCCUGGUGGCCGUGGGGUGGCAGGACUGUCCCCAAAGGUAGGUCCCGAGCGGGAACGUGACCCCGCCGAAAUCCAGCAGCCCCGCCCUGCUGCCCCGAGUUAAAAUUGGAGUUGGUUUUUUUUUUUUUCCUUGAAAGCCCCCGGAUAAAACCCGCCCUCGGAGGUGCCGGGAUUAUUCCCGGGAUUAGCAGGGCGCCAGGGUGAAUCCGAUCACUUUAGGAGAACCCCGUCCUCACCCUGAGGAGCUUGUCAGCCUGGAUGGAGGGGCCCGAGUCCCUGUGGACACCAGCGGGGUGUCCUGGGGCUAAUCCAGGAGCUGGCGCCAGACUAAUCCCGGCGAGGCGGCAGAGGGGGACGAGCUGUGCCGAAAUGCACUUAUUUCCAUCUGAUUUUGUAGCAAUUAGAGAUUAUUUUGUGGGGAGGGAGGAAGGCAGGUUGUGGAGGAGCUGUUCCUGCGGGCAUUGCGAUGCAUGCUGCAUUAUCCAGAGGCUGGAUCACCCUUUGGAGGACGCUCGAAUCCCAGCUGAGCUCAAAGGGGGCAAUUUUCCAGCCGCCUUCCAAAUGGGGAAGAGCAGCCCAAGUCAAAUCCCUUCCUUUGUUUCGGAGUAUUUAUUCAUAUGCAACCACUUGCGCGUUAAAUGUUUGCAAUUCCAGCCAGGAACAAGCUCCGGCUUCCCAUUCCUGGCUGCUUCCUGCCCCGGUUUCCAGGCUCUUGCCGCACCUCGCGCGCUCCAGCGCCGACGGCCGUGCCGGGGUGGCCGCGAGCAGCAUCCGACCCUGUGCCUUGAGCUGAGGAGCCCGGGGCAGAGGCGGCACCGGUGUCUGCGCCGGAGCCCUCGGCCUCGCUGAAACACUCGCGAUAACCGAUUCCAAGGGCUAUAAACCAGCCGUCUGUCGGCUCCCUCGCCCGCUCGGGUUGUUCUCC